AUGAGUCCAUGUCAGCAGGCCUACACAAACUUCGGACAAUGCCAAGCGACUUUGACACGCGUGACUGGUCAGCGCCCAAACUUCGUCGAAAUUGUCUCCAAUGCCACAAACAAUGAUAUGAAGACAUACAUAAUUCACUCGCUAUUUCUAGCGAUAUCCGCUAUAUUUGCCUCAGGUGCGGAAGUAUAUCGAGGACAAGACAUAGUCGAUCGUGCUCGGUCCGUGGACUAUGGCUCGGGAAAUUCAUAUGUAGACAGCGGAUUAACGUUAGCCACUGGUGUUUUAAAAUCAUUUCAUAUGUAUAUCAAAACAGAUUUUACAACAGAACAAUAUAUAAGACUUCAGAUUUGGUCGAAAACGAAUCUUCUGGACUCAGCCUCGGGGAAUUAUACUCUAGAGUUUGAAAAACGAGUUCUCCUGACGCCUGACAUGACAGGAAAUCAGACGUUUAUGCUGGACAGAGACGAAAUCUUUAAUAUUUACCAAGAUUAUGAUAUGAUAGGUUGGACGAACGAGGGUGUGGUGGAUCCCAUGCCCUUCUCCACGGAAUUCUACCCACUCUACUCGCACGACUACGCUGACAUCUUACCCUCCGUCAUGAGCACCUACGACUUCGAUACUAGCAUCCCACUUAUGAUGGUGCAUUCCAUCGGUGUAACUAUUGAUGAAGGACUUUUACUCGGCCAAACUUCGAAAGGUGCAAAAGGAGAAAAGGGCCGAAACGGCACCGACUCCGCUGGUGGAUCGGGUGGCACGAAGGGCGAUACUGGCGACAAAGGAGACACAGGAGACACUGGCUUAACUGGUGAUACUGGAGUGACUGGCGCCCAAGGAUCAAAGGGUGAGAAGGGUACAUCUGGCGCGGAUGGAUCAAAGGGAACCUCUGGAUCGGCUGGAGACAAAGGAAACACUGGCGCAACAGGUGUGACUGGAUCAAAGGGAAGCAGUGGCAGCGCUUCUGCCAAGGGCGCUAAAGGUGACACUGGCUCUGCAGGAGAUAAGGGAGCAACAGGAAGUCAAGGAGUAAAUGGAGACACUGGCGUGACUGGCUCGAAGGGAGACGCCGGUAGCCAAGGCGACCAGGGAGACACAGGGAUCACUGGUGACACUGGCGUUACUGGAGUAAAGGGUAAUACUGGAUCAAAAGGCGACAUCGGUACAGCGGGAAGUCAAGGUGAAACUGGUGUAACUGGUGCCACUGGAACCAAGGGAGCCAUUGGCAAUACUGGUGUGACGGGCAGCAGAGGACAAAAGGGAGACACUGGUUCAAAAGGUGAAGCUGGAGUUGGUGCAACUGGUCAGAAAGGAGAAGCCGGUGGAGCUGGAACCAAUGGAAACACUGGCGAUACCGGUGUGACUGGUGCCAAGGGCAAUACUGGAAGCAAAGGCAGUCAGGGUGAUUUAGGAGAUACUGGAAUGACUGGCUCCAAAGGAGAUAAUGGCGCCACUGGUGUUACUGGUUCUACGGGUGACAAGGGCAACGCUGGCGAUGCUGGAGUUGCUGGUGCCAAAGGUGCCACUGGUAGUCAAGGAAACAUUGGAGACACUGGUGUUACUGGAUCAAAGGGAGACCAAGGUGGCCAAGGUAAUAAGGGAGAGGCCGGUUCUCAAGGCAACCAGGGCAACACUGGUGUCACUGGUGCCAAAGGAUCGACUGGUAACACGGGAGUCACUGGAGCACAGGGCCAAGUCGGACAAAUUGGAGACACUGGAGUCACGGGAUCAAAGGGUGCAACUGGUGCUACUGGGGUGAAUGGUAUCGCCGGUAGUAAAGGUGAAACUGGUAAUAUUGGUACUACUGGUGUUACAGGUGCCAAGGGCAACACGGGUGCAGUUGGUGUCACUGGUACCAAAGGGUCCUCUGGUGCAAUUGGUGUUACUGGAAGUAAGGGAGCAUCUGGAGUUACGGGAUCCCAGGGUCAAAAAGGUGAUGUAGGAGACGUUGGUAUCACUGGGCUCACUGGUGACACUGGUGUGACUGGUGCCCAGGGAGAGAAAGGAGAAAUAGGAUCAACUGGUGUUACUGGCGCUAAAGGGCAGACUGGUUCAUCAGGAGUCAAUGGAGCCAAAGGAACAACUGGCCAGGUAGGAGAUACUGGAGUUACAGGCGCUAAGGGUGAAGUUGGCGCCCAGGGAAACCAAGGUGAUACUGGGGUAACAGGUGCCACAGGCAGAAAGGGUGAAGUUGGUGCAACUGGAGUUAAUGGAGCCAAUGGUGGCACUGGAGCUACUGGGGUCACUGGUGUAAAAGGCUCAACUGGCAAUAGAGGCGAUACUGGAGUGACUGGCGCAAAAGGUCUAGGUGGCGAUAAAGGUUCUACUGGAGAUACUGGUGUCACGGGUAGCAACGGAGGCAAAGGUGAUACUGGUGAUACUGGCGUUACCGGUAGCAAAGGAGUUGCUGGUGUCACUGGAGCCACAGGGAGCAAGGGAGAAAUUGGCGACACUGGGGUCACUGGUGCAAGCGGAAGCAAGGGUCAACUUGGUGAUACUGGUGUGACUGGCGCAAAGGGAACAGGAGGCGACACUGGUGUUACUGGCAGCAAGGGAAGCAAGGGUCAGACGGGCAAUGUGGGAGACAAUGGAGUCACUGGUGCCAAGGGCCAAACUGGAGCUGUCGGUGUAACUGGAGCCAAUGGAGUAGUUGGUGACACUGGUGUGACUGGAGCAAAGGGUUCAACUGGCCAGAAAGGUGACCUUGGCGUGAAAGGAGCUGAUGGUGCCACUGGUGUUACUGGAGCAAAGGGUGCACUUGGCGUCACUGGUGAUGUAGGAGACACUGGCGUAACAGGUUCAAAGGGUGACCAAGGCACGAAAGGCAAUGUUGGUGCGACUGGCGUUACUGGAACCAAAGGAAGCACUGGUACAGUAGGCGAUACCGGAGUGACGGGAUCCAAGGGAUCAAGUGGAGAUAAGGGCGGCACUGGAGCAACUGGCGUGACUGGGGCAAGCGGACAGAAUGGCGUAAAUGGUGAUGUUGGUGUUACUGGACUCACUGGUGAUACUGGUGUUACUGGCGCCAAAGGAGAAAAGGGAGAGAUUGGUGCAUCUGGUGUGACUGGUUCAAAAGGAGAUACUGGUAACAAGGGUAACGCUGGUGUCGAUGGUGCUAAGGGAACAACUGGUACAACUGGUACAACUGGUUCCAAGGGAGACCUGGGUCAGAAGGGCGAGUUGGGCGACACUGGAGUCACCGGUUCCAAGGGUCAAACUGGAUCGGUUGGUGUGACUGGAGCUAAGGGAGUAGUCGGUGACACUGGAGUUACGGGAGCAAAGGGUUCAACAGGCCAGAAUGGUGCAACCGGUGUUACUGGAUCAACAGGAAACACUGGUGUCACAGGAGGGACGGGUGACCUUGGCGACACUGGACUCACUGGUGACACAGGUGUUACUGGUGCCAAGGGAGACACAGGUUCCAAGGGUGAUGCCGGGAGCACUGGAGCCACAGGUGUAACCGGAGCCAAAGGUGGACUCGGAGCCACUGGUGUAACUGGAAGCAACGGAGACCAGGGUCAGAAAGGUCAAGAUGGGUCAACUGGUGUAACUGGUACCAAGGGCCAAACUGGAGCUGUCGGUGUAACUGGAGCCAAUGGAGUAGUUGGUGACACUGGUGUGACUGGAGCAAAGGGUUCAACUGGCCAGAAAGGUGACCUUGGCGUGAAAGGAGCUGAUGGUGCCACUGGUGUUACUGGAGCAAAGGGUGCACUUGGCGUCACUGGUGAUGUAGGAGACACUGGCGUAACAGGUUCAAAGGGUGACCAAGGCACGAAAGGCAAUGUUGGUGCGACUGGCGUUACUGGAACCAAAGGAAGCACUGGUACAGUAGGCGAUACCGGAGUGACGGGAUCCAAGGGAUCAAGUGGAGAUAAGGGCGGCACUGGAGCAACUGGCGUGACUGGGGCAAGAGGACAGAAUGGCGUAAAUGGUGAUGUUGGUGUUACUGGACUCACUGGUGAUACUGGUGUUACUGGCGCCAAGGGAGAAAAGGGAGAGAUUGGUGCGUCUGGUGUGACUGGUUCAAAAGGAGAUACUGGUAACAAGGGUAACGCUGGUGUCGAUGGUGCCAAGGGAGCGAUUGGUGUCACUGGAGGAAAAGGUAACCAAGGUAACACAGGAGAUACUGGUGUGACCGGCGCAAAGGGGGCAUCUGUUAAGGGUGACCAAGGAGACACUGGUGUUACUGGUUCCAAGGGACAGGUCGGUGACACUGGUGUCACUGGAAGCAAAGGUGCAACUGGAGUUGCUGGUGCCAAGGGAUCUACAGGGAACAAGGGAGAUGUUGGUGUCACUGGUGUCAAUGGUGAUACUGGUGUGACUGGGUCCAAGGGAGAUACUGGUUCGAAGGGAACAACUGGUGUUACUGGUGCCAAGGGUGGGACUGGUGUCAACGGUGCAGUUGGUGUGACUGGUUCCAAGGGAGACCAAGGUCAAAAUGGUGACACUGGAGUGACUGGCAGCAAGGGUCAGCUUGGUGACACUGGAGUAACUGGAAGCAAGGGAGACACUGGCCGCAAUGGAGACACUGGUGUGACUGGAGCUAAGGGCACGACUGGAAAUGAUGGUGUAACUGGAGCCAUUGGUGAUACUGGUGUUACAGGAGCCAAGGGAGAAGUUGGGGCCAAAGGAGACACAGGCGCGAAAGGAAAUCUAGGUACAACCGGUGUGACCGGCUCUCAAGGCAACAAGGGUAACACUGGUGCCGUUGGCGUCACUGGUUCAGCAGGUUCUAAAGGAGAAGUUGGUGCGAAAGGUGAUAUUGGUAUAACAGGAGCAGAUGGCGAUACAGGCGUUACUGGUUCCAAGGGUGACAAUGGCCAAAAGGGAGAUACCGGUGUAACUGGGGGCAAAGGCGACACUGGUGUCACAGGCGGAAAGGGACAGACAGGACAGAUAGGAGAUACUGGUGUUACUGGAAGCAAGGGAGAUACUGGUGUAACCGGAUCCAAGGGUGACGGAGGUCAGAAAGGAGAUACUGGUCAGAAAGGCGGAGUAGGCGCAACUGGAGUCACAGGCUCAAAGGGAGGCACUGGCGAAAGGGGCGAUACUGGUGUAACUGGUUCCAAGGGCGAAGUCGGACAAAAGGGAGAGUUUGGUGAUGUUGGUCUCACUGGAGACACCGGUGUCACUGGAGCAAAGGGAACCACAGGCGACAAGGGAGAUGUUGGUGUCACUGGUGCCGCUGGUGCAGCUGGUGUCACUGGAUCUAAAGGUUCCACCGGAAACAACGGCGAUGUAGGUGUGACGGGUUCCAAGGGCGACAAUGGAGUAACUGGCGCUAAAGGUUCGACCGGUAACAAAGGAAACACUGGUGUUGCCGGAACGAAGGGAGAUACAGGUGUUACUGGUGUCAAUGGUGAUACUGGUGUUACUGGCGCCAAGGGUGUUGACGGAGACAAGGGCCAGAAAGGAGGAGCCGGCGAUACUGGAGUAACAGGAGCUAAAGGUGGAAAUGGUGAUACAGGCGUUACGGGUGUCGCAGGGUCCAAAGGAGACAUCGGUGUUACUGGAGCUGAUGGCGAUACUGGUGUAACUGGAUCAAAGGGAGACAAUGGCCAGAAAGGAGAAUUCGGUGUGACCGGCUCUAAAGGUGACACUGGAGAGAAGGGUCAGAGUGGUCAGAAAGGUGAUAUCGGAGACACUGGCGUCACAGGAUCCAAGGGCAGCACUGGCGGGACAGGUAAUGCUGGUGUCACUGGUGCCAAGGGAGCAACUGGCACAGCAGGGGCUGACGGAACAACAGGUGUUACUGGUGCGGCUGGUAUAAAAGGAACUGAUGGAGAAGUUGGUUUAACUGGAGAUACUGGUGUCACUGGUUCGAAAGGAGAAGUUGGUGAAAAGGGAUCAGUAGGUGUCACUGGAAGUAAAGGAGACAUCGGAGUAACCGGAGCUAAAGGUGAUGGUGGGAGCAAAGGUAACACUGGUGUAACUGGAGCUAAAGGUACCACCGGAAACAAGGGUAGUGUUGGAGUUACUGGCAGCGUUGGUGAUACUGGUGUAACUGGUUCAAAGGGUGACAAUGGUCAAAAAGGAGUCAUUGGAGUAACUGGCAGCAAAGGAGAUACUGGAGAAAAGGGCCGGCUAGGUGACGUUGGUGUCACCGGCAACGCUGGUGUUACUGGUUCCAAGGGUGACAAUGGUCAAAAGGGUGAUAUUGGUGUUACUGGAAGCAAAGGUACCACCGGAAACAAGGGUAAUGUUGGAGUUACUGGCAGCGUUGGUGACACUGGUGUAACUGGUUCAAAGGGUGACAAUGGUCAAAAAGGAGUCAUUGGAGUAACUGGCAGCAAAGGAGAUACUGGUGAAAAGGGUCAGCUAGGCGACGUUGGUCUCACCGGCGACACUGGUGUUACUGGUUCCAAGGGUGACAAUGGUCAAAAGGGAGACAUCGGGGUGACUGGAUCAAAAGGUGGAAAAGGAGUGAUUGGUGAUACAGGCGUUACGGGGAACAAUGGUGACACAGGUGUAACGGGGGCCAAGGGAGACACUGGUGACAAGGGCAAUACUGGAGUGACUGGCAGCAAGGGCUCUACCGGUAAUAAGGGAGACAUUGGUGUGACCGGAGCAGAUGGAGAUACUGGUGUUACUGGCUCCAAGGGUGACAAUGGUCAAAACGGAGACACUGGUGUGACCGGGUCUAAAGGUGGCAAAGGAGUGAUUGGUGAUACAGGUGUUACUGGAAGCAAUGGAGACACCGGUGUAACGGGAGGUAAGGGAGACACUGGUGACAAAGGUAAUACUGGAGUGACUGGCAGUAAGGGCUCUACCGGUAAUAAGGGAGACAUUGGUGUGACCGGAGCAGAUGGAGAUACUGGUGUUACUGGCUCCAAGGGUGACAAUGGUCAAAAGGGGGACACUGGUGUGACCGGGUCUAAAGGUGGCAAAGGAGUGAUUGGUGAUACAGGUGUUACUGGAAGCAAAGGAGACACAGGUGUAACGGGAGGUAAGGGAGACACUGGUGACAAAGGCAAUACUGGAGUGACUGGCAGCAAGGGCUCUACCGGUAAUAAGGGAGACAUUGGUGUGACCGGAGCAGGUGGAGAUACUGGUGUUACCGGUUCCAAGGGUGACAAUGGUCAAAAGGGAGGCACUGGUGUGACCGGGUCUAAAGGUGACAAAGGAGUGAUUGGUGAUACAGGUGUUACUGGAAGCAAGGGAGACACUGGCAUCACUGGUUCAAAAGGUGGGAAAGGUGUGAUAGGAGAUACUGGUGUCACUGGAGCAAAGGGAGGCAAAGGAGAGGUGGGUGCAGUCGGAGUAACUGGUGUGAUAGGUGAUACUGGAGUUACAGGAGCCAAAGGUGACACUGGUAAUAAGGGAUCCACAGGUGUCACUGGGGCAAAGGGUGACAUUGGUAUCACUGGCGAUACUGGUGUUACAGGCGCUGUUGGUGAUACUGGUGUUACAGGUGCCAAAGGUAAUGCCGGCCGGAAUGGUGACACUGGAGUAACCGGAGUCAAAGGAGGUACUGGUGAUAAGGGCGAUAUCGGUGUCACUGGAGCUGAUGGCGAUACUGGUGUCACUGGGUCUAAAGGAGACAAUGGCCAGAAAGGAGACACUGGGGUGACCGGCUCUAAAGGUGACAAAGGAGUGAAUGGUGACACUGGAGUGACAGGCUCAAAGGGUGACACGGGUGUAACUGGUGCCAAAGGUGGAACUGGAAACAUUGGUGACACAGGUGUAACUGGAUCAAAGGGUACGACUGGACAAAAGGGAGACAUUGGUGUGACUGGGUCGAAGGGCGAUGUUGGUGUUACAGGUGGUAAAGGUUCAACUGGUGACAAAGGAGAUUUGGGUGUCACCGGAGCUGAUGGGGAUACUGGUGUUACUGGCGCCAAAGGUGAUACUGGAGAAAAAGGAGAGCAAGGCGUGGUUGGUGUCACUGGUGAUACUGGUGUUACUGGAGCAAAGGGUGGCAAGGGAGAAGUCGGUGCCACAGGUGUUACCGGAUCAAUAGGUGAUACUGGGGUGACAGGCUCGAAGGGAGACACGGGUGUAACCGGUGCCAAAGGUGGAACUGGAGCUAAAGGCGACAUUGGUGUAACAGGAUCAAAGGGCGUGACUGGACAAAAGGGAGACAUUGGUGUGACUGGUUCGAAGGGCGAUGUUGGUGUUACAGGUGGUAAAGGUUCAACUGGUAACAAAGGAGAUGUGGGUGUCACCGGAGCUAUUGGGGAUACUGGUGUGACUGGCGCCAAAGGUGAUACUGGAGAAAAAGGAGAUCAAGGCGUGGUUGGUGUCACUGGUGAUACUGGUGUUACUGGAGCAGAGGGUGACAAGGGAGAAGUCGGUGCCACAGGUGUUACCGGAUCAAUUGGUGAUACUGGUGUAACUGGUGCCAAGGGAGGCAAAGGUGACGUUGGCGACGUUGGCGUUACUGGAGCAAAGGGAAACACAGGAGAUACUGGUGUGACUGGAUCUAAGGGAGAGACUGGUCAGAAAGGAGAUAUCGGCGUGACAGGAGCCAAUGGAGACACGGGUGUAACUGGUUCUAAGGGCGACAAGGGUGACUUCGGCAAUAAGGGCGACACCGGCGUGACAGGAUCCAAAGGCGGCAAAGGUGAAAAUGGAGUUAAAGGCGAUACUGGUGUUACUGGAUCUAAAGGCGAUACUGGUGUGACUGGUUCCAAGGGUGACACAGGGGACACCGGUGUUACUGGAUCCAAGGGGGACACGGGUGUUACUGGUUCCAAGGGAGACACUGGCGUUACUGGCUCCAAGGGAGACACUGGUGUUACUGGUUCCAAGGGUCAGAAGGGUCAAUAUGGAGAUACUGGUGUCACUGGAUCCAAAGGAGAAGUCGGCACCACUGGUGUUACUGGCUCCAAGGGUGACAACGGACAGAAGGGAGCGACCGGAAAUAAGGGAGAUCUUGGUGUCACUGGAGCUGAUGGCGAUACUGGUGUCACUGGUUCAAAGGGAGACAAUGGCCAGAAAGGAGACAUUGGGGUGACUGGAUCUAAGGGUGACACAGGUGUAACUGGAUCAAAGGGUGACACAGGCGACCAGGGCGUCAAAGGAGUGAAUGGAGAUGUUGGCGUUACUGGUGACACUGGUGUGACUGGUGCCAAAGGCGGCAAGGGAGAAAUAGGAGACACUGGUGUUACCGGAUCAAAGGGAGAUACAGGCGAUACUGGAGUCACCGGUUCAAAGGGAGGCACGGGUGAUAUUGGUGUCACUGGUGUCACCGGCGCUAAAGGAGACACGGGCAAGAAGGGAGAGGUCGGUGCAGUCGGUGUCACUGGAGCAAAGGGUGAUACUGGUGUUACUGGAGCAAAGGGUACCUCAGGUGAUACUGGUGUGACAGGCGCCGUGGGUGUGACUGGAGAUACUGGAGUCACUGGAGCCAAGGGUGACCUUGGUGCUACUGGUGUCACUGGAAGUAAAGGAGUGAAAGGAGAAGUCGGUGUGAACGGAGAUACUGGUGUCACUGGUGCAAAGGGCGAGAUUGGAAACACUGGUGUUACUGGAUCCAAGGGCGAAACAGGCCAGAAGGGAGAUAUUGGUGUCACUGGUGCUGACGGCGAUACUGGUGUCACUGGGUCCAAGGGAGACACGGGCGAGAAAGGAGAAGUCGGUGCAAAUGGUGUCACUGGGUCCAAGGGCGACACUGGUGUGACUGGAGCAAAGGGCGACACAGGAGUUACUGGAGCUAAAGGUGUUAUUGGUGAUACCGGCGUCACUGGAUCAAAAGGCGACACUGGAGUAACUGGAGCCAAGGGCACAAAGGGCGAUCUUGGAAAUACUGGUGUUACUGGUGCCAAGGGCCAGAUUGGCGCUACAGGAGUUACUGGAAACGUCGGAGACACAGGCGUAACUGGUUCAAAGGGAGACAUGGGCAAUGUUGGUGUUACUGGUGAUACAGGUGUUACUGGUGCCAAGGGCAGCAAAGGCGAGGUUGGCACAACAGGAGUGACCGGAUCGAAGGGUGACGCAGGAGUCAAUGGCAACACCGGUGUCACUGGAGCCAAGGGCCAGAAGGGAGUGGAUGGACAAAAUGGCAACGUUGGUGUAACUGGUGGCAAGGGCGACACUGGAGUUACUGGCUCAAAGGGCGAGAUUGGCGACACUGGUGUAACUGGCGCAAAGGGUUCAACAGGUAAUAAGGGAGAUAUCGGAGUCACUGGUGCUGUAGGAGAUACUGGUGUUACUGGUUCCAAAGGAGACAAGGGAGAGGUAGGCAACGUUGGUGUCACUGGUGAUACUGGUGUCACCGGUGCUAAAGGCGGGAAAGGAGAAGUCGGAGCAACUGGUGUCACUGGAUCCAAGGGUAACUUGGGAGAUACUGGUGUUACCGGAGCGAAGGGCGGCAAAGGAGACAAUGGAGAGAAGGGUGUCAUUGGUGACACUGGUGUAACUGGUUCCAAGGGUGAUACUGGUGUAACUGGUUCCAAGGGUGAUACUGGUAACAACGGAGAUACUGGUGUCACAGGCAGUAAGGGUGACACAGGAUCCACUGGAGUAACUGGAGCUAAAGGAGCAACAGGCAGUACUGGAGUCACUGGUGCUAAUGGAGACACUGGCGUAACUGGAUCCAAGGGCAACACUGGUGUUACUGGUGCGAAGGGAACGACUGGAAACACAGGUGUAACUGGAGCCAAGGGUGAUCUUGGUGUGACCGGAGCCGAUGGAGAUACUGGUGUGACUGGUUCCAAGGGAGAAGUUGGAUCAACCGGAGUUACAGGAGCAAAGGGUCAGACAGGAGACACUGGUGUCACAGGAUCAAAGGGUGAUACUGGUGAUACUGGAGUUACCGGUUCCAAGGGAGACACAGGCGUUACUGGUGCCAAAGGAAUAGUUGGUGAUACAGGUGUUACGGGAAGUGAAGGCCAGAAAGGACAAGAUGGACAGAAAGGACAGGGUGGUGACACAGGUGUCACUGGUUCCAAGGGCGAUACUGGAGUAACCGGUGCCAAGGGACAAUAUGGUGAUACCGGUGUUACUGGAAGUAAAGGUCAGAGCGGAGAUAAUGGCCAGAAAGGGCAGAUUGGUAACACAGGUGUUACUGGUUCCAAGGGCGAUACUGGAGUAACAGGUUCUAAGGGAGAAGUCGGUGAUACAGGUGUUACAGGAAGUACAGGCCAGAAAGGAGAAAAUGGACAGAAAGGAGAAAAUGGCAAUGCUGGAGUUACUGGUGCUCAGGGCAGCACUGGAGUCACAGGAGCAAAAGGAUCCACAGGCAAUACUGGUGAUACUGGUGUUACAGGAGCUAAGGGAAAUACUGGAAACGCUGGUUCCAAUGGAGAUAAUGGUGCAGUCGGUGUGACUGGUGACACUGGUGUCACUGGAGCCAAGGGUGACAUUGGAGACACUGGGGUAACUGGAUCCAAAGGUAAUGUUGGUGUUACUGGCUCCAAGGGCGAUACUGGUGUGACUGGAGCUAAGGGUGAAACAGGUACCACUGGUGUUACAGGAUCCAAGGGUUCAACAGGUUCAACUGGUGUGACUGGAGCAAAUGGUAAUACUGGUGUCACAGGCGCCAAAGGUAGUACUGGUUCAACAGGCGUCACUGGUGCCAAUGGAAACACCGGAGUAACUGGUAGCAAAGGGACGACUGGCGUAACCGGAGCCAAGGGUGAGCUUGGUGAUACUGGUGUAACUGGAGCGAAAGGAUCUACUGGAGUUACUGGAUCGAAAGGAAGCCUGGGUGAUACUGGUAUAACUGGUGCCAAGGGCAGUACUGGUGUUGCUGGAAGUAAUGGUGACACCGGCGUGACUGGAUCUAAAGGUGACCUUGGACCAACUGGCGUUACUGGAGACACAGGUGUAACCGGCGCAAAGGGAGAAGUUGGUGUAAAUGGUGACACUGGUGUGACUGGUGCCAAGGGCUCAACUGGAGAGGCUGGUACUAAAGGUGCAACUGGGUCAACAGGUGUUACUGGAUCCAAGGGUGACACUGGCGUCACAGGAGCGAAGGGUUCUACAGGAUCAACUGGCGUUACUGGAUCAACUGGAUCUACCGGUGUAACUGGUGCCAAGGGCUCUACUGGCUCUACUGGUGUCACUGGAUCAGGUGGUAAUACUGGAGUGACAGGAGCUACGGGUUCCAAGGGCGAGCUAGGCGAUACUGGCGUUACCGGUGCUAAAGGUUCAACUGGAGUUACUGGGGCUAAGGGUGACGUCGGUGCAGCUGGAGUAACUGGAGUAGCUGGUACAGCUGGCGCAAAGGGUGAACUAGGAGAUACUGGUGUAACUGGGUCAAAGGGAGGCACAGGCGACAUAGGAGACACGGGUGUAACUGGGUCUAAAGGUGGUAUUGGAGCUGUUGGUGUGACUGGUGAUACUGGUGUCACUGGUUCCAAGGGUGAUCAAGGUGAAAAGGGCGAACUUGGUGCCGUUGGUGUGACCGGAGCAAAGGGAAGCAUUGGAGCAGUUGGUGUCACUGGUUCAAAUGGAGCCAAGGGAGAUAUUGGUGAUACUGGAGUAACUGGAGCAAAGGGUGCCACUGGGCUUACAGGUUCAAAAGGUGCCACUGGUCAAACUGGCAACACGGGAGAGAAAGGUAACUCAGGUGACACUGGAGUCACUGGUGCAGCUGGUGUCGCAGGCUCGAAAGGUGCAACUGGUGCGGUUGGUGUUACAGGAACCAUGGGCAAUACAGGAGACACUGGUGUUACAGGUUCAAAGGGUGCCACUGGGACACAGGGAUCCACUGGUGUGACUGGCGUCGCAGGAGAAAAGGGAGGUCUUGGCGACACUGGUGUGACUGGAGCCAGAGGUGCUACUGGCGUGACUGGUUCUAAAGGUGAAACGGGAUCGAACGGAGCAACUGGCGUUACCGGUUCCAGUGGACAGAAGGGAGCAAUCGGAGCAACUGGGGUAACUGGCGCCGCAGGUGUUGGAGGAUCCAAGGGUAACACGGGUGAACAAGGAGCUGUUGGAGUAACUGGUUCAAAGGGCGCAACGGGUGGUCAAGGUACAACUGGUGUCACAGGCGCAAAGGGAGGUAAAGGCGAUGCUGGUACAGUUGGUGAUACUGGUGUCACUGGUGUUGCUGGUCAAACUGGUGUAACUGGAGCCAAGGGAGAAACCGGUAACCUAGGAGACACUGGUGUGACUGGUGCGAAGGGCUCCAUCGGUUCAACUGGUGUCACUGGAGCGAAGGGAGACACUGGUAGCCAGGGUUCCACUGGAGUGACUGGUGCUAAAGGUUCAGUUGGUAUUGGAGGCGAUACUGGUGUCACUGGUUCAAAGGGAGAAAAUGGUGCAGUUGGUGUCACUGGUGCAGCUGGUGCGAAAGGCGCUGUUGGUCAAACUGGUGUCACUGGAGCUAAGGGACAAACUGGUAACCUAGGAGACACUGGUGUGACUGGUGCAAAGGGAAAUACAGGUGCCGAAGGAGGUACUGGUGCAACUGGAGUAACAGGAGCCAAGGGAACAGCCGGACAGAAAGGCGAAAAUGGUGCAACUGGUGUCACUGGAGCCCAAGGCGUCCAAGGUGUCCAAGGAGCAAAGGGAGAUUUUGGAGACACUGGGGUGACCGGUGCUGCUGGUGCCGCUGGUGUCACAGGAAGCAAGGGAGAUAGGGGUGCAGAGGGCGCUGCAGGGACCAACGGAGGAAAGGGAGACGUUGGAGACACUGGCGUUACUGGUGCCAAGGGUGACACUGGAGCUCAGGGUGAACAAGGGUUAAAGGGAGACGCUGGCAAUGGAGUUGCAGACGUCGAUGAAUGCGCCACUGGUAACGGCGGUUGUGACCAGCGAUGCGUCAACACCUACUCUGGCUACUACUGCGCCUGUAAUGCUGGCUACGACUUGGAAGAACUCACAGACGUCCCAACAAACUGUACUGACCCUCAAUACUACAACUGUUAUGAUACCUUCAACGGAUACAUUUGCGUAUGCGACUUCGAAGGCAACCUUUACGCCCUCAAUGGAACCAACUGUACAAACACGAACGAGUGUCUUGUGAACAAUGGCGACUGCGAACACAACUGUACUGAUAACGAAGGCAGUUACAAAUGCUCUUGCCGAGACGGCUUCCAACUCGCUGAAGACAACAGAGGGUGCUUAGAUGUCAACGAAUGCUUAGUCGGUAAUGGCGGCUGUUCCGACGGAUGUGUCAAUACUGUUGGCUCUUUCCACUGCACAUGCGUGGUGGGAUACCACAGUGUCUCCAUAGCUGGAUUCGACUGCAGCGCAAUCAAUGAAUGUGACUAUGAUAAUGGCGGUUGUAUGCAUACAUGUACGGAUGCUUCCCCCGGCUAUUCGUGCUCCUGUGACAGUGGCUUCACACCAUCAAGUGACAAUCAUGGAUGUGAUGAUAUCAACGAGUGUGACACUGGUAAUGGUGGCUGCACUGACCGGUGUGUCAACACUGUAGGAGGGUUCCACUGCCAGUGCCAGGUCGGCUAUAAAUGGUUCACCAUUGACGGAAGCAACUGCACAGCGAUUGACGAGUGUGGUUACUACAACGGUGGCUGUACUCAGAUCUGUACUGACACAGAAGUCGGUUUCUUCUGCUCAUGCCGAGGCGGUUACAACAUGACCAACGAUUUGAAGACUUGCGAAGAUAUUGACGAGUGCGUAAACAACGAUACUUGCACAAGUUCCACCUUGUGCUUCAAUACCCUCGGUGGUUACAGAUGUGUAGAAAUGGCCAUCAACUCGAACGCUUUCUGGGAAUGGUCUCUGGGACAGAAGUCCAACCCCGACUCGGAGUCUGUGCAGGACCUGGAGAGCAAGGUGUCUACACUAUCAACAAGUCUUACCACUGGUAUCAUCUGGAUCGUCAUCCUAUCCCUCGCACUGGUCACAGUUGGGGCAAUUAGCUUCGGCAGGUGGCGAAAGGACUGCGGGAAAAAGAGCUCGGGGAGCGAGACCGGUAGCAAUGUGGAUAAUUGGGACACUUCAUCAAACCCAGAAACACCGCAAGAGCAGGCAGAAACUUCACAGGAAGACGUUUUCGUUGACGUUGACUUAGCUGAACCUGCCAGUACAAACUUAUAAUUGACACUUGCCAAUAUUGAUUUAUAAUUGAUUUGCCAAAAGUGCUGAAUUAUCAUGAUCAAUCAGACAACCAUUGUAAAGGGUGUCAAACGAUUUGUACAUUUGGUCAUCGAAAUUCUUUUGUAAAAAAAUGCCUUCGAGUUAAAAAAAUCGCUCGGUGAUCGUUUAUCGUUAUGAACCCGGUGACUUGCUCAUCGACUGAGGGCACACGUAGACGAUUGCACCCGAUUAUAAUGGCCGCUAUACAAUAAAAAAAUGUCAAAUUCUUAAUGAAUGAUAUAUAUAAAUUUGUAACAUGUAUAUUUUUGUCAGUACGUUUUAGUUUGCACACUGUACAGAGCACUUAGUUGCAUAUUGAAAACCGUCCAAAAUAUUUAGCUCAUUUGUAGAAAAUGUGGUAGCGGAAUGGUAAACUAGGCUGUAGUAUAUUUCAUGAUUGUAGUGUUUAUUGUAGCAAAAUCUGCGGCAGUUUUACUUAAGUCUAACAAUUGUGGUCACAUGUCUUGUUACGUUAACACCCGGUCAAUUCUAUUGGUCACAAGGCUUCUAGUCUCAACCUUUAGUGAUUUGGUCCUUUGUCCGUCCUGUCGAAUAAAUACAGUGUCGAUAUUUUUAAAAUGUAUUUUUCCCUUCUACAAAACCAAAUGAAUGUAAGUAGGGGAUGUCGAGAAGGCUACCUGAUACCCAUAUACAAACCUGAAGCACCUUUGAGAAGCGGCGGCCAUCUUGAAUUAUAAUGGCCCAACGGCCGGGUAUGAAUUUGCUGUUUCCACUCACAUCUUGUUUUUCGACAUGUUUUGGUCAGUGCUCUCUUUUCAUUGCUUCGGGAUUGAAUAUGGGAAGCCAUUGUUCUCAUCAACAAUUCGCUAUAAUGACGCUAGUUCUCCUACUGCGUUAGACAACAAGUCUCAAAUAAACCAACCUCGUCCCCAGGGGUUGAUUUGGUCCAACCGAUUGUUCUAAGUGUACAUGUACGCUUCAUAAACCCUUAAUUACCCCCCUGGAAACGAGAAUGCAAGUCAGGACCGCUCUCCUCGAAUCCUCGCGUUGUCUCCAAAGGUCGGAGAUACGUCACCUUGAUUAUGAUAUAUAGCUUGGAUACACUGAAGAAGCAAGCAUAUGUCGGUGAACGUAUCAAAAUCCAUUAGAUGUCACGGUGGGAAAGGUAUCGGGUUGACCUUUGCAAGACCAUCUUAUGACCGAGUUGGAGGGUACAAUGGUAUAAAAAUAAGAAAUGCGUGACCUUACGCCCCUUAAAAUGAACUAGUCUUUGGUUUAGUCAUCCUUCACAAGCGUAGGUUUUCAAGCUUCAUUUGUCAUGGAGUCUGAGAUCUAAACCAGGAGUUGAUCCGCUGAGGUUGAAUAAAAAAAUGUUUUUUUGAAAAAUUAUGUUUCAUUUGUUUAGUUAAACAUGGCGUCAAAUCAAAAUUGUUCAAUGUUAUCACCAGUGUUAUUAUUAGACCCCGGAAAGUGAUGUUGUUCAUACAUUAUAAUUUGUACAUGUACGAUUUUUCCUUACUUCAGAUCUUGCAAAUUCACUCACUUUCAUUCAAGAUGUGUAGACUUAUAGGCCUACCUUUAUUAA